AUGGAGGCCAUCAAGAAGAAGAUGCAGAUGCUGAAGCUGGACAAGGAGAACGCCCUGGACCGGGCGGAGCAGGCGGAGGCCGAGCAGAAGCAGGCGGAGGAGCGGAGCAAGCAGCUGGAGGAUGAGCUCGCCGCCAUGCAGAAGAAGCUGAAAGGGACAGAGGAUGAGCUGGACAAAUACUCCGAGGCCCUGAAAGAUGCCCAGGAGAAGCUGGAGCUGGCGGAGAAGAAGGCGGCAGACGCUGAGGCAGAAGUGGCAUCUUUGAAUCGCCGUAUUCAGCUGGUAGAGGAGGAGUUAGACCGAGCCCAGGAGCGCCUUGCCACAGCGCUGCAGAAGCUGGAAGAGGCGGAGAAGGCUGCAGAUGAAAGUGAAAGAGGCAUGAAAGUCAUUGAAAACAGAGCCCUGAAGGAUGAGGAGAAGAUGGAACUGCAGGAGAUCCAGCUGAAGGAAGCCAAGCACAUUGCAGAGGAGGCAGACAGGAAGUAUGAGGAGGUUGCUCGGAAACUGGUGAUCAUAGAAGGAGAUCUGGAGCGUACUGAAGAGAGAGCUGAGCUUGCAGAGUCUCGUUGCCGGGAGCUGCAGGAGCAGAUCAGAGUGAUGGACCAGAACUUGAAGUGUCUGUCUGUUGCCGAAGAAAAGUACUCUCAAAAAGAGGAUAAAUAUGAAGAAGAGAUCAAGAUCCUGACUGAUAAACUCAAAGAGGCGGAGACCCGUGCUGAAUUUGCUGAACGGUCUGUAGCCAAGCUGGAGAAGACAAUUGAUGAUUUGGAAGAUGAGCUCUAUGCCCAGAAACUGAAGUACAAAGCAAUUAGUGAGGAACUGGACCACGCCCUGAAUGACAUGACUUCCAUUGCCCGAAGAGCCCUUCAUGAGCAGAGUUUUGAUGAAAUGGGACACCUCCCGUGGUUUCCUCAGGUUUGUGUCACUCCGUUCUCCACACAAAUGGCACCAGCUGUAAGGAUAGUCCAGACACGCUCAACUGCCCCAGCCUGUUCUCACUCUGUCUUCUGUGUCAGGGCUAUCCCCUCUCUGCCAGGUCUGGGUGGGGAAGGAGGGAGCAUUCCCACAAGGAAUUUCAAAGGGUAAUAGCCUGGAAAGCUCUGGCAGGUGGUGGUCUGACUCUCCUUGGGUAUGGGACAAUAACUGUGCCCUGUAAGACCUACAAAGCAAGAAGCCAUAACUCCUCAGUAACCAAACCUGCAGCUGGAGUAGGGGCUCUACAUCCUGUGGGAGUGACAGGGCUUCUGUCACAAGUGUCCGGGUGUGUGGAGGCUUCCAGCCCAGCGCUCCGUUGCCAGUUCUCACCAGGUGGGAGGUGGCACCCUGCCCUUGUGAAAGAGCCUCUCUCCUCAUGGGGAGGUCCUGUCAGCAGUGGGUUUAUUACUGACUCGCACUGUGUGGAACUGGUGGCUCUGCUGUUGCACAGUGGUGUUGCAAGCGAUCUUAUCGAAGGCUGGGCUGUGGCAGGCCCUUUUCCUGCUUGUCCUGAUGGAAUUCCAUGCUGGGUGAUGGAUGGGUGGGUGAUGCAACUUCUGCCCUGGGAGGUUUUGAGAGGCUUCUGGUCUGACUGGAUUGUGAGGCUUGUGUGGGCUGGUUACUGUGAGCUGGGCUGUUGACUCAGGAGUGCUGCAAAUGCAGGUUAGCUGACCAGGAGGCACAGGUCCUGGAGCUCCCCAGGUUGCAAGGAUGGCUAGUAAGGCUGCCCUGCGGGCUGGGUGGAGAAGGGAGCAGCCAAACAAACACUGGAGCUAGCCCCAGCAGAGCUGAGCAUGGGAAGGGUCAUGCUAGUUACUUCAGUCUGUUCCCUCAUGCGGGUGGAUCAUCAGGUCCCUGUCUAGAAGCAGAAACCCUUGCUCGAAGGCCGAGAGCCGUUGCACCAGCCUGCAGUCACUGGUACUUCUGAUGGCAGUUCACUCCCAUCCUCUGCCGCUCUGGAGACCCAGGACCAGCCCUGAUCACCUGGGGGGCUGGAGACUGGCAUCAGGGUGCCCAGCCUACCUGCUCAGAACCAGCCUGGAGGCCAGAGAGCAAGUCACUAGCAGCAGCAGUAGCUGAUGUGCAAAGCAGGCUCUGCUGUAGGCCAGGAUGGGGUGUACCUGUCUCCCGUACCGCAGCUUUCCUCAACUUCUAGUUAGACUGUGGCGGGGCUCAAGUUGGUGGCUUCUCUGGCUGUUGCUUGGUCCCUUGGUGGCUUUAAAGAAGGGAUAACCAAUCAGCAUUGCUACCUUCUGUCCUGCAGAGUGAGGCGCAGCUAGAGCGGGUGCUGAGGGCUGAAAGGAGCGGAGGGUGAGCUUCCCCCCUCGUGUGUGGCUGUCACGCUGGAGGGACUGGGCAGAGACACUCUGCAGAGGGGGACGUGCUUUGGCUGCUCCAUGUGAACAGCUUAACUCAGUGUCCUGAAUCUUACCUGGCCAAGUCGUCUUCGAGAGCAAAACGUUCCUAGGCUUGAAAGCAAUGAGGAAUGGUGUGGAUGCCCUUCAGAGCGUGCCCUAGAUUCCUAGGGACCUUGUAGACCAGGAUUUGAGGAGAAGCCUAAGGCCAACAAGAAUUGCUGUGCUUUAUGCUCACUCAUCAGCUGGAGGCAGCACACUGUGUGUGUCGCUGCAGUUUGUGAUGAUUAGUUCUGCCAGGCUGGAAGCUGUCACAGAAGGACUUUUCACUGCCUGGAAUUCCCCCAGAUGCAGGAAUUGCGCAGGAUCCUCCCAGUCUGAGAACUCCGUGUAGGUGGGCAGAGAUAGGUGUUGAACUGGUUCUCUGGGGGCUGGUUGUGGCUGACAGGCUGCACGGCAGUACAGUGGCCCUGAGAGGUGACCUGUCCUGGGAGAUGAUCAGAAUGGUUCUCCCUUUCCCUGGAGCUGCUGAUGAGCACAUGUGCUUGGUACCAGCCUUGGGGACAAGCGUGGCCGCUAGAGCCCUGUGAGGCUGUAAGGACAGGGACUGGGUGUGAGGUGAAGGCAGUUUGUGCCCCACGCAUUGGGUUGUUCUGGGGGCAGACGUAAAACAGGAGCCUGUGCUCCAGAACUUCCUCUCUCCUGUACCUGACGCAGAUACUGCCUUCAGUCCUUGUCUGGAUGUGGUGGGUUGUUAGUAUGGCAUAAAGGCAUGUCCUUGGAGGAGUGUCCUCCAGGUCAGGUAUGAGGUAUGUCAUUCUCAGUUCUUCUGGUGUCCCUGUCCUACUGCUAAAACCCCAUUAAUCCCACUGCUGUGUGGUCACUCUGGAAGGUGCUUCUGGUUCAGCUGUGGUAGGACUACUUUCUGCGAAGUGCUCCACAGGCUUAAAGCACAUCCCAAGUCUGUCUCCUUACCUGAGUACAGCCCAGCGUGCAGGCUCCUCUUCUGGUGUUCUCCUCUUCUGUUCUUUGCCUUUGCAAGCCCGUGGUGGCACUUCCAUUUCUGCCUGCACUUGGCUUCCUCUGUGAUCCUCCUGACCUGAAAUGCAAGUUAGACUAAGACCAACCUUUGUUCUCCCCGGCUUCAUCUGUGUAAUAGCCUAGAUGUGAUUCUCAGAGACACGCGUUAUGGAGGCAGCUUAUUUGAUGUGCUCAUCUUGGUAUUCUACUAACCUUCCCUUUCUCUCUUUUUCUCUCUUCCUCUUGUUUCCCCUAAUCCUGUUGCUG